AUGGCUGUAACAAGGAGUCAGGAUAAGGCAAAAAAGAUUGUGUUUGAAGAUAAUGAAGAUGAGGAAGAAUCGGUAGAGAUCGAAGCAAGACAAGAGGAAGAAGACAAGGAACCUGAGUCUGAAGAAGAAUCAGAAUCAGAAUCAGAAUCCGACGAUGAAGCUCCAGAAGAAGAAAGCACAAACAAAACCAAGCAAGAAGUAUUGGCUCAACAAAAGAAGAGAGAGCAAGAACAAAAAGCUCAGAAAAACGCUGAACGUGAAAGAAGACGACAAUUGGAUUUACGUAACAAACAACAACAAGAAUCAAAAAAGGCUACUAAGAUAGAAGAAGAAGCUUUGCCUGACUUAUUACCCGAUGAUAUAAUGGAUAUAUUGAGUACUCCUGAACCAGAAGAGACACAAUCAAAAAUAAAAGGUAAACACAUAAGGUUGGAUGAGGUUGAACUAGACAAAAAGAAAGAGAUUGAAGAUAAAUUACGUAAAAUUAAACUCCAAAAGAAGAUGGCAUUAAAGAAAGGGCCUGUACAUGUUCAAGUUCAAAAGUUUGGAAAGAAAUCAGAAGUGGUUCCUAAAUCUGAGAAUAAAAUUAUUGCCAGUAGAGAUAAGUGGUUAAAAAGAAAAUCAGUAAACAGAAAAUAG